ACGUCCUUGAGCACAGCAGGAAGUAAAUUUUCUCCACCCAUGGUCUGGAGUCUGGACACAACAUCUGAUGUUGCUUUGUAACCCUGCCGUCAUCUCUCCACUGGCAGCUGGUGGCUUCAGUACAAAUCAACAGGAUUAUUAGGGUCUGGGGUCCAACAUUUAUGAAUGGAUCUGCUGAGGAGUCUUGCUCUGACCAUCCUUGUGCUGUCCUUGGUUCGCUGCGCUUCUGUUUCAGAAGAGACAAAGGGACGCUCUGCCAACUCUUCAUGUCCUCAUCAAGAAUUCUGCUCAGAAGCUGCCAAGUGUUGUCAGUUUGGGGUGGAUGAAUAUGGCUGGAUUGCUGCAGCGGUCGGUUGGAGUCUCUGGUUUCUCACCCUGAUCCUUCUCUGCAUCAGUAAACUCAUGAAACUCAGGCCUGAUGAACCGAAAUACCUAGAAGCAUGAUGCCUGGCAAAACUGACCAAUACUUGCACCUGCCAACAUCAUAUACAAAGGUGCAAGGAGAGAAUUGAAAAAGGAUUAAUUUCACUUGCUCUGUUGCUGAAGUGUGGGGGGGAAAGGACAUUUAUGUAUGGCUCCGUGCAAAAGGGAGCCAAGGAGAAACUGGCAGCUGAGAAGCCAUGCUUCAGUGUCCAUGUACAUCCGUCUAUCUCAUCAAGUUUUGGGGCAGGGGAACAACUUCAUAUGGCAUGUAUUCACAGUCCCACCAAACAAGAUUGUACUGCUUUUCUUUAUUCUCUUGAGUGCGCUUGUUAAAAGUUUAUAUUUUUCAGUGGCGAUGCUGGCUGGGGAAUUUUUAGAAAUGGAAUCUAAAAUGUAACAUUUCCAAGUUCUGCUUACUUGUGAAUUCUCCAUGUGUAGUGAAAUCCAUCCCCUUUUAAGUUAGUAAUGUGAUGUAUUGAAGACACCAUCUCUUGAAUCAAAACUUGUAACUUCUGCUUUCUUUUUCCCUUUCUUUCUCUUUUUAAAGUGAAUCCAAGCCAUGCCACAGAUAAUCGAAUAAAAAUG